ACCACCAUGGGCAGCGGACUCUCGGUCGAGGAAAAUUCAAUGUUGUACGUCGACGCGCACGGGGCACUCGGCCUCAAAGAGACGUAUGUCGCACCGCUCGAGGCCUCGAUGGACCUCGAUAUCAAGCGCCCGCUCGUCACAAAGGAGCACGAAGCGCUCAUCCACAAGCACUGGGCCGUCGUCUGUCGCGGCACGUCGGCCUUUCAGAAGGAGAAGCACUUGACGCCGACCAAGUUUUUUGCGUCGACAUUUUACGCCACGCUCUUCAAGGCCGCGCCGGGCGUCCGUCCAAUGUUCCGGUCGUCCAUGACCGUCCAAGGCAAAGCACUCACGGGCCUCGUUGCGACGUUGGCGACAGUGAUCAAGGCCAACAACGUCGCCGAAGUCUGCAUCAACCUUGCACGCAUGCACGCGCAGUAUGGCGCCACCAGAGCCCACUACACGGGCGUCGGCCUCGCACUUCUCGAGACGCUGCAGGCGGUGAGCGCCAACGAGUGGUCGACCGAGAUCCGCACGGCUUACUUGACGUCAUACUGUCUUCUCUACUAUUUGAUGCUGCCGACGAUCAUUGAGACGCCGCGGCGACCGCUCCAGCCGAGCCUUCCAGGGCACAUUGCGCGCAAGGAGCGUCUUGCCCACGGCGUCAUGAAGCUCUCGAUUGCUCUGGACUUUCCACUGCGGUACCAUGCCGGCGACUCGAUUUUGCUCGGACUGCCACUGCCCAAUGGAGAGGAAGUCCGGCGCAGCUACGCACUCACGAGCUUGUUUGACCCGAGCCACACCAACGCCAUCGACAUUUGCGUCGAGGCGCGAGGGGACGCGUCGCAGUGGCUCGUCGACGCGCCAAUCGAGACCGUUCUCAACGUCUAUUGGAUCAACACGGGCGUGCAUUUCGAGACCGACACGUUUACGAGCAUUCCCCACCGCCUCCUCUUUGUGAGCCACGGCCUCGGCGCCGCGCCCGUCUAUGCGAUGGUGAAAGGCUUGUACGCGAUUCGGAGCCAGUACGAAGGCGACAUUUGCAUGCUCCAAGUGUUUGAGGAGUCGCCCAUUCCGUACUUUCAGAGUGUGUGCUCGGACGGACCGUGGUCCAGCCUCAAGAUUGCGACUGCGACGACGCUGACACAGGAGGCCUUGCUCGAGCUUGCGCCCGAUGUGGCCACGCGCCACUUGUACGUGGCGGGCCCGCCUGCGUUUGUCGACGCCACCUCGCGCCUCUUCCUUGAGAAUGGCGGCGAUGCGCAGAAUUUGGUCGUCUAUUCGUUUGACAACACACCCUUCCUCGCCGACGCGGCGUCCGUGUAG